CCUGCGCGUGUGGGUGCACUGUACUGUAGCCUAUUAGCUCGAGCUCCCACUCCCUCUGCUGUUCCGGUUACCCGGUGAAUGAUAUCAACAGAGCGUUUUGCCUGUUCCCUACUGAGCGAAAGAGCACGCUUGAAAGGAGAAUAACAUCAAACCGCACAACUGAACAACAGCCAGAGCGCAUGGAACCAGGGAAAAUAUAGGCUACCCACAGCAACGGCGAGAGCACAUUGACAGGACAACGGGAGGACUGUUUAUUCAAGUUGGACGGAUGAUUUAGCGAACACAAUUGAGUAGACUGCCCGGCGGAUGAUAAGCGUCCGGGACCGGUGCUGUCGAUUGUGCGAGGAGGCAAGUUAACGUUACCGGAGGAAGAAGAUGAAGGCUGGGGUCGUGGAAGGAGGACUGUUCACAGAGAGUUACUGCAACAUCUGUAACGCCCAACUCAUCUCCGAGUCGCAACGCACAGCACACUAUGAGAGUAAGAAACAUGCCAAUAAGGUCCGUCUCUUCUACAUGUUACACCCAGAAGACGGAGGCCCACCAUCCAAGAGACUGAGACCAGACAACCCUGACAGUGCAGAGACAGAGGUGGACAGCAAUAAGUGCUGUACGUUAUGUAAUAUGUUCUUCACGUCGGCCAUUGUUGCCCAGUCUCACUACCAGGGCAAGACACAUGCCAAGAGAGUGCGACUGGUACUGGGAGAAACACCCAGCUUACCUACUGCUACCAACAGCCCUACCACCACAGACUCAUCCCCUUCCACCCCCCAGCCCAGCGACUCAAACCCUGCUCCUCCUGCCCUACCACGGCCCUCCUCUCUAGCACCCCCGGUGGUGGUGGUGGGUAGUGGUGGUAGUGGUGAGACAGGGAAGUACUGCUGUCUGUGUGGAGCAUGGUUCAACAACCCUCUGAUGGCCCAGCAACACUAUGAGGGGAAAAAACAUCGCAGGAAUGCAGCCAGAGCACAACUACUGGAGCAGCUAGCUGGCAGUCUGGACGCUACCGAAACUACAGAUGCUCUUAUCCAGAGUGACUUUCUGUUGUGAUUAGUACUGGUCCUCCGUGGGAAUCAAACACACAACCCUGGCGUUGCAAUCGCUAUGCUCUACCAACUGGCUCUACCAGCCACAUGGGACCUCCCUCCCUCCCUCAAAUUCACAGCAACAAAAGAGUGAUCAAAUUUGGAUCCUACAUCUGUACAUAACUUGACAUCUGUUAUGUUGGCAGACUGGCUUGUUAUGAGCCGUUUCCAUGGUGAACGGCUUGAGUGUUAUUUUCCUAUCACACACACACACACAAAAAAUGAGUGGAUAGCUGUUCCGGUUGAGUGCUUUGUGUGCUCCUGAUGCCACUCAAUCAAGACUAAUAUGAUAAUAAUAAUCAAAUAUGAGUGACUGCAACUAUAUGUUUACACAGUGUAUUAUCUAAUACUGUGUUAUGUCAUAGUGAUGUAGUGACUGAGGCGGAAUCAGCAGGAGUGGGACUUGAACCAUAGACCCUCUAGUUAACGGAGCAAUAUUUGGCUAACAUCUACAGCAAGGACCUGAUUAGGGUUGCAAAAGGUGGGUAUAUAACUGGAAAUAUUCUAAGUUUACCAGUAAACUAAACUCAGCAAAAAAUAAACAUCCCUUUUUCAGGACCCUGUCUUUCAAAGAAAAUUUGUAAAAAUCCAAAUAACUUCACAGAUCUUCAUGGUAAAGGGUUUUAACACUGUUUCCCAUUGUCACACCCUGACCUUAGAGCUUUUUACGUCUGUCUCUAUGUUGGUUUGGUCAGGGUGUGAUUUGGGUGGGCAUUCUAUGUUCUUUUUUCUAUGUUUUGGUAUCUCUUUGUUUUGUCCGGGUAUGGUUCUCAAUCAGGGACAGCUGUCUGUCGUUGUCUCUGAUUGGGAACCAUACUAAGGUAGCGUUUUCCCACCUGUGUCUUGUGGGUAGUUGUUUUCUGUUUAGUGUUUUGCACCUGACAGGACUGUUUCGGUUUCGGUUAUUCACUUUGUUAUUUUCGUUUAGUGUUCAGUUUAAAUA